AUGAGAAGAAUCGACGAUAGAUGGACUAAAAGAACGCUAGAGUGGAUCCCAAGGGACGCUAAACGCCCCCGAGGGAGACCGCCAACGAGAUGGGGUGACGUGUUCGCUGCACGGAUGGACCAGCUGAGAGCUCAGCUGGAUACGGCUCAAGGACCUCGUCAACGUCAAUCACGAAGCUUGAGAACAUCUUGGAUGACAAUGGCGAGGGAACGAAACGAGUGGAAGAGAUGCUGGGGCCCGCACGUCGAGUGA